AUGACUACUAACUGUAGACAGCCGUGGCUUCAACCUGAACGGAACCAUUACAGGUAUCUAUCGAGUCAUUUCGGAAUAAACAACACUAUCAUUACAAUCGUACGAGAGCGGAUACAUGGCAUUUUGACUCAGACAAUAUGCUACAUAGUCCGAGAUUCAAUAACAAUUAGCACAUACGACCACAGGGUGUGGAAAAUAGGGCUUCCCGUCCGCUCAGCCGUACUCAAGCCACACGCCGGGAGGUUAGUAGUUGGGUGGGUGACCACCAGCGAAUCCCUUCUGUUGUAUGUUUUUGUCUCUAACUUCACUUUUACUGCUGUAUAA